AUGCCGGGCACACGCUGGGAUGCCAACACUCCUCAGCCCGACCGGGAGUAUAUCUCGGACGAGGCGCACCUACUGCCGUUACCUCCAGACGCUCCCGAUCUCCACGAACUCAACGCUUCACUCGACGCCCUCUCCACCGUCUUCCCCGACGUACAAAUAGACGUCUUCCGCGAGAUGCUCUCCAGCUUCGACGGCGAAUCGAGACUGGCCCUGGUCGCCAACGCUCUCAUCCAAAACAAGGUCACCUGGGUCAAGGCCGAGAAACUGGCAUGGCAAGAAUUCAAAGGAUUGUCCAAAUCAACAAUAACUGCAGUCCUGGCCGAGAACAAUUACUGGUACCCAGAUGCCCGCCCAACUUUGGUCAGCCUUUCGUCCAAAUCCUGGCGGUUUGCCAUCUCGUCCCUCUUCCUGCGCAGGAAGUCUGUAUCAGGCACCGAGGCCGCAACACACCCGCUUGUCAUCUGGAAGUCUUCUGGCCGGGGUUCUAUUGUGCCCUGUAUCAAGACCACAGGAAAUCCCGAACUGGAUAAGGAGCUAUAUGAAGCGCUCAUCGUUCCUAUUCUGAAACAGGCACGCCAGGAAUUGGAAGACAAGGAUCGCACCUUGGCCGCAGAACUCAACACCAAAGAGGCAGAGCGACUAGAAAGCAUGUUUGAAUGCUCAUGCUGCUUCACCGAAGCCACGUUCGAGGAGAUUGUCGCUUGCAACGUUGACGGCCAUACCAUCUGCUUCCGAUGUGUACACCAUACCCUCUCGGAAGCUGUGUUCGGACAAGGCUGGCAGUCAACCAUCAACACGGAAACCGGUACGCUACGUUGCCCGGCCGUCGAAGGUAGCGGGUGCAAAGGGUGUAUCUCGCAAGAACAGAUGCACCGAGCCAUGGUUGAGUUCAAGAAGGGCGCCGGGAUUAUGCACAAGUUCGAGCAACGUCUGGCCGAGCACAGUCUCGUAGCCAGCGGGCUCCCUCUUGUCCGCUGCCCUUUCUGCUCCUACGCCGAAGUCAAUGAGAUCUACGAGCCUCCCACCCCACUGACUCACCACUCUCCUAGAAAGAGCGCCUUCCAGCUGAUAUUCGCCGUUCUCUGCAUCGGCUUCAUGCCAUUCCUUCUACCCCUCGUAGUCAUAAUUGGAAUAGUUACGGUCCUACUAAGCUACAAGAAGGAAAUAGCAAUCCCCCUAUCUAAGGAAUACCACGCCGCACGCGAACGUCUUCACCGCCGUCGUCGCGGAUCCAAGUUCACCUGCCGAAACCCUGAGUGCCAACGCAACUCGUGUCUCUCGUGCAGCAAAGAAUGGAUUGACAUACACGUCUGCAAUGAGUCAUCCCUCGUCGCCUUGCGCACCCAAGUAGAGCAAGCCAUGAGCAUGGCCGUCAAGCGAGUCUGUCCCCGCUGCAACACCUCCUUCGUCAAAACCGCCGGCUGCAACAAGCUCACUUGUCCCUGCGGAUACAAAAUGUGCUACGUUUGUCGGAAGGACAUUGGCGGGGAUGGGGACGGCCCAGACGUGGGCUACAGACACUUUUGUGAUCACUUUAGGCCCGAGGGCGAUGGGAGGAAGUGUGAGAAGUGCACCAAGUGCAAUCUGUGGGAGGCUGAGAAUACGGAACUUGUCCUGAAGCAGGCUAAAGAGGAGGCCGAGAGGAAGUGGUUUGAGACGGAGAAUAGGGAGUUGACGGGCGCGGAGAAGGUGUUCUUGGAGACGGGCAUGGCGAUUGACCCGAAUGCGGCGGCGAGGAUGGAUAAGAUGUAUGUGAAUGGGGGUUGGCGGGUGCCUAGGCUGGCGGAGGUUUUGGAUUUCAUGGUGGAAUAUGUUUUGGAGGCGUAA